AUGUCCUUCCGUCGCGUCCUCAGCACCUCGGUGCGCUUCGCUGCCGCCUACCCGCGCAGCUCCCAGCGCCUGCCGCAAUUGCUCUUCCCUCAAUACCGCACCUAUGCCUCCAAAAUCGUCAAGGUCCCCGAGAUGGCCGAGUCCAUCACCGAGGGCACCCUAAAACAGUUCAGCAAAGGCGUUGGCGACUACGUCGAGCUCGACGAGGAGAUUGCCACGAUUGAGACCGACAAGAUCGACGUCUCUGUCAAUGCCCCCGAGGCUGGCACCAUCACCGAGCUGCUGGUCAAGGAGGAGGACACUGUCACCGUUGGCCAGGACCUCAUCAAGCUCGAGCUCGGCGGCGCCCCUCCGGAGGGGAAGAAGGAGGAGACUGCCAAGGAGGAGCCCAAGGAGCCCGCCCCGAAGGAGCAGGAGACUGCUCAGGAGAAGAAGCCCGAGCCGCCAAAGGAGGAGUCCAAGCCCCAGCCUCCGCCGCAGCAGGAGAAGAAGCCCGCCCCCGCCAAGGAGGAGCAGCCCAAGAAGACCGAGUCGCCCUUUGGCAACCGCGAAGAGCGCCGCGUGAAAAUGAACCGCAUGCGUCUGCGCAUCGCCGAGCGUCUCAAGCAGUCGCAGAACACGGCGGCCUCGUUGACGACUUUCAACGAGGUCGACAUGUCCUCGUUGAUGGAGUUCCGGAAACUCUACAAGGACGAUGUGCUCAAGAAGUCGGGCGUCAAGCUUGGCUUCAUGAGCGCCUUCUCCCGCGCCUGCGUGCUCGCCAUGAAAGACGUCCCUGCCGUCAACGCAUCGAUCGAGGGCCCCAAUGGCGGAGACACGAUCGUCUACCGCGAUUACGUCGACAUCAGUGUCGCUGUUGCGACCGAGAAGGGUCUUGUUACUCCCGUCGUCCGCAACGCCGAGGCUAUGGACAUGAUCGGCAUCGAGCAGUCGAUUGCGGACCUUGGCAAGAAGGCGCGCGACAACAAGCUGACGAUUGAGGAUAUGGCCGGAGGAACCUUUACUAUCAGCAACGGUGGCGUCUUCGGCUCGCUCUACGGCACACCCAUCAUCAACCUGCCCCAAACCGCCGUGCUUGGUCUUCACGCCAUCAAGGAGAGGCCCGUUGCCGUCAACGGCAAGGUCGAGGUCCGCCCUAUGAUGUAUCUUGCUCUUACUUACGACCACCGCCUGCUGGACGGCAGGGAAGCCGUUACUUUCCUGGUCAAGGUCAAGGAGUACAUUGAGGACCCUCGUCGCAUGCUGCUGGGUUAG